CCUAUUGGCUGGGAGGACCCCUACUCUCUUCCCGGAAGUAGUCCCUGGCGCUCCGUCGGCUGCCCCGGAAGUGGACCGGAGAAGAGGCCAGAGGCAGCGGGGGAGGGGAGCGCUUCCCCGCCGGAGCCGGCAGCCACCGAGCAGCGGCGCCCGUCGUCGUGGGCAGCUAAGAUGGCGGAGCCCGCCGGCACGGGCUGAGCCGGAGGGCGGCAGCCCCCCUUCCUCCUCCCGCCGCUGCUGCCUCGCCCCCCACCCCUUCCUUCCUUCUUUCCCGUCCGUCCCCGCUGGAAGCUGGCGGAGCUGGGCCGGGCCGGGGGCGCGGCGGGCCCCGCCGGCGGGAUGAUGCGCUCGCAGUGCCUGCUGGGCCUCCGCGCCUUCCUCGCCUUCGCCGCCAAGCUCUGGGGCUUCCUGCUCUACCUCCUGCGGCGGCAGGCCCGCACCGUGAUCCAGUACCAGACGGUGCGCUACGACAUUCUUCCCCUCUCUAAAGUUUCACGGGAACGACUCAAUCAGGUGAAGAGGAAGAUCCUUGUCCUAGACCUGGAUGAGACCCUGAUACACUCCCACCAUGACGGAGUCCUGCGGCCCACCGUGAGGCCUGGCACUCCCCCCGACUUCAUCCUUAAGGUCGUCAUAGACAAGCAUCCAGUCCGCUUUUUUGUACAUAAGAGGCCGCAUGUGGACUUUUUUCUAGAAGUGGUGAGCCAGUGGUACGAGCUGGUGGUCUUCACAGCCAGCAUGGAGAUCUACGGCUCUGCUGUGGCCGACAAGCUAGACAAUAACAGGAGCAUCUUGAAGAGGAGAUACUACAGGCAGCACUGCACUUUGGAGCUGGGCAGUUACAUCAAAGACCUUUCAGUCGUACAUAAUGACCUCUCCAGCAUAGUCAUCCUGGACAAUUCGCCAGGAGCCUACAGGAGCCAUCCAGAUAAUGCGAUACCCAUCAAGUCGUGGUUCAGCGAUCCCAGUGACACAGCUCUUCUCAACCUGCUCCCCAUGCUUGAUGCCUUGAGGUUCACAGCAGAUGUCCGCUCGGUGCUAAGCCGGAACCUGCACCAGCAUCGCCUCUGGUGACGGCGGCUCCUCCUUUCUUCAGGGUUUGGCCCACAACCUCUGCCUUAUCCCGCCAUCGUGGACCCCCUGCCCUCACGGCAAGGACUCUAGCACCUGUGUUUGGACUCCGUUAACGGGGAGGGGCUAGGCUGGGGGUCGGCUGGCCUCCCCUCCCGCGAGCCGACAGGCACCCGCCUGCGCCAGCCAGUCACCUACACGCCUGAUGUUGACAGGCAACAGGGUGGAGACGGGCAGUGAUGUGGCAGGGCAGCAAAGGGCGGUGCCAGCACACUCUGUGUGCCACCAGCUGCUGGGGGCGGAUGGACAAGAAAGGGGGUGAAACAAGCCAGCCGCACAGAGGAGUGCGACAGACACUUGGGAGAGGAGGUGGCAGUUCUCCUUCUGAAGACUGAGCUCCCUGUACAGAGAUCUGACUUCUCCUUCUGCUCUCUCCCCCCCCCCACCCACCCCCUUCUGGUCUUUUCAUUUUCUCUGGAUAAAGAGAGAGGCCCCCUUCAUCUCAGAAGGCCCUUUUUAGAAGGUU